GUUGAAAUCCCGCAGCGCAACGCUUGACGCUAGUAUUCUACUACUGUAUAUAUUUAAGAAAAAUACUGAAGAUAUUAUUAUUGGAUUGGGAUUUCAGGAUAAGAUGGAAAAGAGGGUCAAUUUCAUCGGCAUUUGCUAAGCCGUUUGUUUUCUCCACAACUGCAAACGUAUCUACGGUCAUCUUCCCAACCCAACCCGCUCCAUUCCUCCCUUUUCUAUAAAUCCUAUUUUUCUCUUGAUUUAGUCAUCAACUGUGAAAUCCCCAAAUCCGCUGCUGCAUUUUUUGUAGAAGAGCGACAUCGUUUCUGUCUCAAAAGUACACCACCACCACCACCACCACACCACUACCACCAGCAGCUGAAUAGCAAACUCGCAAAACAAAGAGACCAAAAUCCCAAAAGAAAUUAAGAAAUGCUACUCUCUCUUGUACAAAGCAGCUUCCUUUCACCAUCAACUUUCCACUCCAAAAGCCACACCAACUUAAAUUCUCUAAAACCCUCUUUUCUACUUCCCAAUACCCUUUUUCCUAUCUUCAAUGUUGAACCCACCACCAAAACAUCACUCAAGCUGUCACCAAGGAAUGCUACCGGAAUUCAUGCUUCCCUGCUUGAGGCUCCAGUGCUUUGGGCUGGUAGGCUUUGCAUUUACUAUGCUCUCUUGAAGGCUGGUUUUGCUGGAUCUGAGGCUAGCCCACUUGUCUCAGGGCUCGAGAGUGGUGAUAGUGUUGGUGAGUCUGGUGAUUUGGGGUUCUCUAAGUGGUUGGAGAAUAUACAAGGGAAACCAGACAAGGAAGCAGCUGACAAAAGAAAGUUGGUCAGCAAAUGGCAUCCUACUACAAAAGGUACACUUAAAAGGAACUACAGGGUGCCUUCCAAAUCAGAAGGACGGCGACUACUUAAAGCAGUUGCAUCCCUACUGUCAGAUGAUGAUCAUUUUACUGAUGCCACUUCUCACAAGGGUUGUCAGAUCAGGAGGGAGAGUGCUCAUGGCGAAAGUGUAUGCUGCAACAAUGUUAGAGCUCUGUUUGAUGAGCUUCCUACUCCUCACCUUACGGUUGAAAUUAUGCCAUUUCCUGCAGGACCUCUCACUGAAAUAGAUUACGUCAAGGCUGAGAAAUUGGAAAGGGUUCUAAGGUCCGGUCCUUCUGUUUAAAAUAUCUUUAAAAUUUAAGCUUACCUUUUGUAUGUAUCCAGUUUGUAUUGUACAUAUUAGAAUUAUCAACAGGAAUUUAUGCUCAUCUACUGCUCUUGUACUUUACAACUCGAUAAUGAGGAUAUGAGAGAAAGCAAUGCACUGGAAUUUGAGAGGCAAUGUGGGUAAUCUAAGAAUUAUUUCUGUUGAGAGGUCUUCAUUGUAGGCAAUCACCAUUGUGCGUAAAUCCUAAAAUGGAGUUGGCUAGAGACAAGACAACUCUUUGUCUAGCCUUUUGUUUUGCUUGUCUGGUAUAUGGGUACAAACAGCAAAAGAGAUGACAAAUUAGAGCUACAUAGUGAUGAACAGACAAUUGUGAAACUGGUAGUCAUGAUGUCUCAAGUCCUGCUUCUCUCCAAAAGCUUAAAUAGUCAAAGCAACUGAGAUUUUAACUUCCCAGCCAGAUUCAGCUAAGGAAUGAGUAAGCAAAUAGUAGAUGCACAUAAAAUCAGCAAUCAUCAGCCAUUGAGGAAAAGAGUUUCUAUUCCUCUUCCUUUUUAAUUUUAGAUAUUUAACAUCUUCAAGCAGAAAGUCUGAAUCAAUUCCUAGGAAACCUAUGAAAUUUCAUUUCCCGAUUGUGGCUGUCAGAACAAGUUAAUCAAAAUCCUCACUACUUCACUCCUACUGAAGCCAUCAAAUCUACAUGCUCCGGAAUCCGGAUCACUUUCCCGUGAAUUUUUUGCUUUCCACCUCUCUGGUGUUGAGAUACAGCAGCAACGGAAGUAGAAGAGAAUGGAUCAUAAGCUUGCUUUUCAGUAGCAUGACCAGAAGUAGGCCUAGUAGACUGUGGGGAGAGACUGCUGGCAAAUCGUGGGUUACUGGGUUUGGAGGCGUGAAAUUUCCAGGCCUAGUUGGCAGAGCUGGGUGGCGCUGUGGCAAAAGAUUGGUGGGUUAGUUUAUGGCACAAGAACUCUACAACUCCAGGUUCCAACUUUCAACUUAAAAAAAAUAAAAAAUUAUCUUUUGCCCAUUUCAUUUCAUUUUGUAGAUAGCUUGGAUUUCGUUUCAUCAAAGUAAUGCGUCUUUACAGUUAUAGCUAGAUUGCCCACCUUUAACAUGGUUAAUUGUCAGGUUGACGCUGAAUUGGGUGUCAUAUUUUCAGCUUGAAUAAUAGUAGUACGUUGCCAUUUGUUUGAAGCAGCCAAAUGC